CUUAUUUUGCCUGUAAAUUUCUCACUCGCGCUUCCGGAGUUUCGCUACCUGAUAUUUCAAAUUAAAAACACCGCACGACAAAAGCGAAUAUUAAUCCUAUUAUCAAGAAUAAUUGAAUGUCUGUAUUAUUAUUCCAACGAUUUAAACCGAUACACAGAUGCGUGUAUUAUGAAAGGGAUUUGUCGGAUCAAUAUUCGCUAACAGAUGAUGUCAGUUAACGUUACUCGUCGUGAGUUUUUGGACAAUUUAGUGUAUUCUGCUGCUUAAUUUUUAAUUAUUAGAAUACAUUCAAGAUACAUUUGUCUUUUUACUUACUGUAAUAUCAAUAAAUAUAUAUGUGUGUAAUAUUCAUUAUGUUUACACUAGUUUAACUCGUUUUAUUGACACAUGCAGUGGUUUGUGAAUGAUCAUCAUGGCUUCACUGGUGGAUUAUGAGGAUUCUGACAGUGAUCCGGAUCAAGAUCUUCAGUCUGCUGCUCCUCGUCCUCACUUGGAGCUUUAUAAAGAUCAGUCCCCAAUCAUGAGCUCUUUUUUAUCCUCAUCAUCAUCAUCAUCAUCAGUAGUAAGUGUGUCUGGCUGCAGGAAGAGAGCUCAGCCGCAGCCGGCCGUAGUCAGGCCGUAUGUUCCUAAGAGGCAGCGAGUGUCUACGGCAGCGGCCCAGACCCCAGAGACACCUCACACACCUCACACACCUCCACCUGCCGGAGCUCGUCUGCUGUCCGAGGUCUCGGAGAGGGUCCGGCCGUUCCUGGCACUAAAGGCCAGUCGGGUCGAGCUGCCCAGACGAGUGCAGUGUCUCCUUCAGGCCCACCAGGGUCCAGUGAACACACUGCAGUGGAGUCCAGUGGAUCAUCUCAGUCACCUGCUGCUCUCCGCCUCCAUGGACAACACCUGCAAGGUGUGGGAUGGUGUUGAUGGGGGGCGGAGCUUACGCACUUACUCCACCCACAGGGGCGCGGUGCGUGAUGCGUGUUGGCUGCCGUGUGGGCGUCGCCUCCUCUCGGGGUCGUUCGACGGCACGGCGGCGCUCACUGACGCGGAGACGGGUCAGACAGUCGCUCAGAUGGACAACGGUUUUAAGGUGACCUGCGUCGCCCCGCGACCUUCCGACCCCGACGUGUUCCUGAGUGGCGGCUUCAGUUCAGAGGUCAAAGCCUGGGACGCCCGCUGCCGUAAGGUGCUGCGCGUGUAUAAAGCCGCGGUUCAGCAGACGCUGGACGUCCUGUUCCUGAGCGGCGGCCGCGAGUUCGUGAGCAGCACCGACGCCGUGAGCCGAGACUCGGCCGAGCGAACGCUCAUCGCCUGGGACUUCCAGACCACCGCCAAACUCUCCAACCAGAUAUUCCACGAGCGCUACACCUGCCCGAGUCUGAGCGCUCACCCGCUGGACGCUAGCUUCAUCGCUCAGACUAACGGCGGCUACAUCGCGCUGUUCUCCGCCCAGAGGCCGUACCGCAUGAACAAGAGACGCCGAUACGAGGGUCAUAAGGUGGAGGGCUUCGCAGUGCAUUGUGGGUUCUCUGCAGACGGAAGCGUGCUUGUCUCUGGCAGCUCCACAGGAUCUGUUCACUUCUACGACUAUCAGAGCUCACGGACCCUGAAGACGCUGGACGCUCAUGAACACGCGUGUGUGUGUGCCGCGCUCCACCCCGUGCUACCCGCCGUCACGGCCACCUGUGAUUGGACAGGAGAGAUCAAGAUAUGGACCUGAUCUUUCUUCUGCUCAAGGACAUUCAAUAAUAAUAAACAGAUUUAUACUUAUGUGA